AUCGCUCCAGUGCUUUUCUCAUCUGCCCUUCAAGACUCCGACGAGAGCUAUGGUUGGAAGCUACCAUUUUUACUUCUUUCUUCUCCUCUUUAUUUUAACUGAGAUCACAAAUUCCUCUUCUCCGCCUAAACAAUAUAUUGAGGUUCCUGAAAAUUACAAAGGAUCUUUUCCCUGGUACAUUGGCAAGAUAAUUCUUGCAACAGAUGGUCAGUAUAAUACAGAGCUUGCUGGAAAUGAUGAAGAAAUAUUUGGAGUUGAUCCAGAGUCAGGCUUUCUUUAUGCCCUCAAACCAUUUGAUCGUGAAAGGAAGGCAUCCUAUACACUCCAGGUAACUCGGAGAAAAGUGGUGGAGGAGAAGAUUGUAUCCCAGAUGGUUACUAUUCAUAUAAUAGUAAAAGAUGAGAAUGACAAUAUGCCUGUCUUUACAGAAAGCACAUUCUAUGGAAUUGUGAGCAAAGGAACAAAGCAAGGAGUUGCUUUUAUGCAUAUUAAAGCAACAGAUUUAGAUGAUCCCUCCACACCCAAUGCCGAUUUGCGUUAUAAAAUGAUCUCUCAUUACCCUGCUAGAUCCUAUGAGAAUAUGUUUAAUGUAGAUCCAAAGACGGGGGCAAUCUCCUUAACAGAGCAAGGUGUCUCUUCAUUAUCCAAACUGGAGGUAAGGAAUUUCAAACUUGAAGUCCAGGUCAAAGAUUUGGGAGAUGAACCAAUAGGAUACACCUCAGGCGCAAACCUGGAAAUCAGUGUUGCAGAGAAUACCUGGAUUGCUGAAAGUCCUGUUUUCCUUCAAGAGAAUCAGAAAGGUGGCUACCCUCGAACCAUCUCUGAGGUGAAGUGGAAUAGCACUGAACUUCAUUAUUCUCUGGAAGGAGACUUUAGUGGAGAGCUUUUCCAAAUUGAUGAGGAUGGAAAAAUUUACAUCAUGAGGGAACUGGAUAGAGAAGCACAAGCAGAGUACCAGAUCGAGGUGUCUGCUAUGAACGAUGAAGGCAUUCCAUACACCGAUCAUUUACUGAUAGUUAUCAAUGUCAUCGAUGAAAAUGAUAAUACACCAAUCUUCCCACAGGAUACAUACCAUGUAGAAGUUACAGAAAGAACAACAAAAGGUACACUUCUUGUUCAUCUAACGGCCAUAGACGCUGAUGAUAAAAACACGAAGAAUUCCCAGAUAAGGUACAAAAUUAUGCACCAGGAACCAAAACUACCAAAGGAUUUCUUAUUUCACCUUGAGGAAUAUACUGGGCAUUUGACACUGCAAGAUGCCAGCUUAAAGGCAAGUAUUGCCAAGAAAUACAAGCUGGAAAUCUCAGCUACUGAUCUUGGGGGAGAUCCUAAAGGACUGAGCAGUACCUGUUCCGUUUUCAUUGAUGUGAUCGAUGUUAAUGACAGUCCUCCAGUAUUUCUCAAGAACAAGUUUGCUCCAUUUUUAAUUCCAGAGGAUGCACAGACAGGAAUGCUAAUCAUUACACUAACAGCAACUGACGAAGAUGAACAAAUAGAAAACAAAAUCAUAGACUUUUAUAUACAGUCAGGAAAUGAGGAUGGAACCUUUGGAAUCACAACUGACCAAGAACUCUCCACGAUGACCAUCUUUCUUGAAAAGGAUCUGGACUAUGAACAAACACAGGAAUACAACUUGAUUAUUACCGCAAGAAACAGAGCUGAACUGUUAGGAACGGAAUACAGUCCAACCUCAACUGCUGCUAUCCAUAUUAUGGUGGUAAAUGUGAAUGAGGCUCCUGUAUUUACCCAGAAGAAAUAUGAGGUCAGGGUGCCAGAAAGUGCCCAGACUGGUUCAGUUAUACUUACUGUUGAGGCUUCUGAUCCUGACAUAUACCACCAGGCAGGCUUAAUUUACAGCAUCAGGAAUGAUUCCAAGAAAUGCCUGUCCAUCCAAGAGCAUUCUGGGAAGAUCCAGCUUCUUCAUUCUUUGGACAGAGAAGUCUUUGAAGACACAUACACUGUGCAGGUCUUGGUGCAGGAAAAAGGAGACCGCGGUCUAUCAGCUACAGCUGAUGUUGUCAUUCACAUCCUGGAUGUCAACGACAAUAUCCCAAUUUUGGUGGGAGACUAUUCUGAAGAAUAUUUCUGCACUCCAAGGAGAGACAAUCAGAGAAUCAUCAUCAGGGCAUUUGACCUGGACUCAGUUGAAAACAGUGCCCCGUUUACCUUCACACUUUCAAAUGAGCCGACGAUUAAGUCACGAUGGAGAAUAACAGCACUUAAUGGGACACAUGCCUAUUUAUCAAUGGGGAUUAGUUACCUGGAGCCUAGGGUGCAUUACGUUCUAAUCAUCAUAACUGAUAGUGGAACACCCCCACAAAGUCAGCACGUGCACCUCCCUGUGACUGUGUGCCGGUGCAGCACCAGGGGGUUUUGCAAGAUAGAUGUGGAAAAGAUGGAAAACAUGCCAACAAUGUCAUCUGCUCUCGGCAUCUUGCUGGGAACUUUAGGAGCCAUAGUUUUUUUCUUAGUUAUUAUCUUCGUACACAUGUCACUUGGAAGCCCCAGCAAGAAGUCUAGAAAAUCUGAUGCUGUUUAAUGUCCAUUGCUUGAAGAGAAAGAAGAGUGUAAAAUCUGUAAAGCAAUUUGACCAAUACCGACUUGGCUGU